CCUAUACUUAACGUAACUCACCCACAAUAUAAUCGACACAUAUUUCUGGUUCGUGAGUUUGAGAGCCUGUCUUAAACCAUAUCGUGCAGCUUGUGUUUAUUGUGUGACCAUAGUAUCUAAAAUAGUGAUAAUGAUGUCAUAGAGUAAUAAUAAUAUUCUUAUUUAAUUCCUCUAUUUAUUUCACAAUUAAAUUUCACGAAUCACAGUAUCUUUAAUAGUUUAAUCCACAAACAUAAAACACCUUAUUUCAUUAUGUAUAUUUUAUUAUUAUUUGUAUUUUAUAUUUAUAGUUUAAUCUUAGAUAUAUAUAUAUCUCUCUAUGGUACUAUUACAAACUAAGAUAUUGAUAAGAUAUUAGUCCGUAGGUACUAUUAAUUUCGUAUUUAUUAUAUAUUAUUUAAUUCAUAAAUGAUUCUUAAUAAUAUACUUUAAGGUAGUUUCUAUUUCAUAUUAUUUAUUAUUGACUUGAAUAGAAAUUUAUUGAAAAUUAUAUGACUAAAACGUAUUAUCUAUUGAUACUUGGAGAUAUAUAUCUAUUAAAUUAAGUUAAUUUAAUUUAGUAACAAAAAUGUCAAGCUUCAAUAACCCAGAAGACAUUAUUCAUCAUUACAAGUUCAUACUGAAUAAAACAAAAAAGUAAAAUAUUAAUAAUUUUUAGUUAUAAAUUUAAUAAGUGUUAAAGUAAAUUUUUACUUUGUUGUAUUUUAGAAAAUUAUUUAGAAAGUUAAAUACAUUGGAACCUAGUGACCAAUUUGGUAAGAUUAUUUUAAUAUUAGCCCAUAAUGUUUUAAUUUUUGCUAUAACCAUUCUUAUUUUAGCCAAACUAGCAAAUUCUUGUCAAAAAAAUGACAAACAUGCUUAUGCAGCAAUGUGUUGGCAAGCUGUGGCAAAAUGUGAAGAAUCAAUGGGUCAUAACUGUGAAGAGGCUAUUGCUCACCAAAAAGCAGCACGUCUGUUUUUUUCUGAAUUUAAAAAGGCUGAAUUAUCUGGUUUUAUAUCACCUUACAAUGAAAAUUUACAAGUUAGUUAUAUUUUCAUAUCAAAGUUCACCACCUAUGGCUCUCCUAAUUGAGAUGUCUGUUAAUUAAUAAUGAGUUACUACUGUUAUAAACUUAAUAAACAAAAUAUUGGCGCUUCUUCAUGGUAAUCAGUAAAAAAAAAAACAAUACUGAAAAAACUACUUAAAAAAAAUGAUAAAGUAAAAACAUCAAAUGUAUUUUACCUAAAAGCACCAAUAUUAGUGGCUAAUUACAGGCUGUUGAUCCCCAAUCUAAUAACUUCCACUAUCAAUAACCUAAGGGCUUUCUCGGAAAUUUUUUUUGGAAGGGGCUAGAUAUAUUAUUUUUAAAUAGUUAUAGUAUUUAUUUUUAGAAUAAAUACAGAAAUCUGAACAUACUUUUGAAGAAUUGCAGAAUAAAUUCAAAAUAUUAUAUGAAGAAUAUUUAAAGUGUGGAAAAUAAUGUGUCACAUUUUUUAUUAGUUAUAGCAUAUACUAUAUGACAUUUAUAAUUUAUUAUUAUUAUUAUUAUUUACUUAUUUAUAUUUUUGUUAGUUUAAAUUUGAUAACUCGAUAAUUGACUUCAAACUAAUGUUUGAUUUUUAAGCAAAAUGCAUUUGACGUUUUUUUACCUUUUAGUAUUUUACCCUUGUCAUUUUUUUCUUAGAUUUCCCCUUCAUAUUUAUCAACCAGUUUUCAAUUAAAACUUACAAUUUUUAUUUUAGAUUCUCAAAAAGACUUUUAUUUAAAAUAUUUUUAAAUACUCCAUAUAAUACCUAUUGAAUAAACUUUUGUUAUAUUUUAAUAUUAAGGCUUGAGGAAUAGGAAGGGGUAUCCUUUAAAUAAAUGCAUUUCUGGGUUAUUUUUUUCUAUUCUAUACAGCUUAUUUAUUUAUUUAUAAAUUAUAAACUGAUGAAAAACCCUUUAACAAAAGAAAAGUGAUAUAAUUUGUACAAGUAAUGUUUAAAAUACAAUUAAAGAAAUAAUAGUAGAAUAAUAUAAGUAAUAGAACAAAAAUUAAAAUUAUAGAAUACAGUUAGUUAACGCGUUAUAUAAAUUACACUUAAAAACUAUACGAGGCUUAAAAAAAAAAAUUGACACAAGAAGCUAAUUUGUUUACUAAUAUUAGAACUCUAGGAAAAUAUGAUGUUGAGCUAUAAUUGUUGGAAAAAAACGGAAUAUAAAACAAUUUAUUAACACGGAAGCAGAUAUAACCAGUGUAAAAGCCAACCAUUGAAAGUAACUGGGAAAUCUAUAUUUCCAUUUAGCAAGUCAAGUAAAAACAUUUAAUCAGAAAAUUUUCUUCUGAGAUCACCAAAUGUUGUACAUAACUGAGAAGAGUGUAAAUGACAAGAAUCCCUGGAUAAGAAUAUACUAAUAUUUAUUUUAUAAUUUUGAUUUAGUAUAUUUGUAUUGAAUAUUUUCUAUAAGAUUAAUGAAAGUCACGUAAUUAGAGAACUAAAUCAAAAAACCAAACUCGAGCUUGGACCUAACAAGAGAAAAAUAUAUAUAUUCUUAAAAUCCUUAGUAUUUCUAUUAACAAAACCCAGAAUCCUGAAAGCUUAUGACUAGUAGUUUUGCAUAUUUUUGCAGAUUGGUCAUCAGCUACUUUAUACCGAAAUAUAUUUUAUGACCUAUUAAUUCUAUAUAGAGUGUGUCCCAAAUAUGGUGGUGUUGAUGAAUAGUUUCUUAGUUAUAGUUGGGUUAACUUUAAUUAAAUGUAAAUAAAUUAUUUUUAUUCACGGCCGAGUUGUUUAUUCUGGUUUUAUUAUAGUGCUGCGAUUAUGAUUACUUAUCAAUGUAAAUAUUGAAUACAAUUUUUUUUAUAUUCUAAAUAUUAAAACGGAUAUUUCUAAGAAAACAUUUUUCAAAUAUGUAUUUAUAUUAACACUUUCAGAAUAAUAUUUUUUAUAGUGUCUGUUUUAAAUGUUUAUAAAUGAACAAAUAAAUUAUUUUUUUCUAGUGAUUACAGAAUAAAAACAAUCAUUUCAUUUUUCUCUUUAUAUGUGUUCCCCUGACACAAAACCUAAUUUAAAAAAAAUAAAAUAGAACAAUUAAAUAUUGACAAAAUUCAGAAAAACACGAGGGGGGGCACUGUGUUUUGAAUCACAGGUAUAUUAUAAGGAUUUUGUACAUAUUCAAGAUAUUUUAAACACAAUCAAUCAAAAAUUACUAACUAAUUGUUUAACAGUUUGAUAGUAGGCUAAUACUGCUAUAACAGCAAUGUUUAUAUUUGACUUUCAUUUGUAAGUAUUACUAAAGUAGUAAUAUAAAAACCAUCUAAAAAUUGUUAUUAUUCCUGUAGCAACGAUUUUAAAUGGAUAAUAUUAAUAGGUACCUGUCUUUUAGAUAAUUAUUAUGAAUUUGUUUCAAUCAAAUGGAUUGUUAUGAGUUUUAUAAUUGAUUAACAAUAUGGCAUCUUGUGCAUUUACAUUAUUUUACAGUAUACAUAUUUUACUGACUGCACCAAUAAUUUUAUUUUAUUUUAGUCGAGAGUUGUUUAUACUAGGGCACAUUAAAUGAAUUAUGGUAUAAAAAUAGAAAAUAACUGAGAAGCCAAAUGCUCAUUAAAAUAAAUAUUGAUAAUAAAUAAUAAAUAUAAUUUCAUUGUAUUUUAUUAUUAUUUUUUAACAAAAUAAGCUAAAUUUUAGGAUAUAACUGCAAACAUAUUUAAUUGGUUUUUAGGACUAUUUUCUUUGAGAAUCUCAAAUUAAAAUCAUUAAGUUAACAUUUAAAAAUUAAAGUAUAAAAAAAAACUAUAAAAUAAGUAUGGAAUAUGAUAAAGGUACAGUAAAACCUCCAUAUAACGGUCACCGAAGGGAUAGAAAUACUGACCGUCCUUCAGAGGUGAUCUAUAGUCAUAACACCUGACAGGACCAAAAAAAAAAGACUAAUACAUAAAGGUGAUCACUAACAGAAGUUUUACUGUAAUUAUACAUUUAAUCAGAUGCCUAACUUAAAAGUUAAAUAACAAAACUAUUGAAAUGAAAAAAUAUGGAUUGGCAUUGUAUAAUAUGGUGAUAUUUAAUUUAUUGUAUUAUUUAUGAUUUACCAUAGGCGGGAUUAAGUGAAAUGUGUCAUGCUGAAGAUAGUUGGCAAGGAAGCACAUUUGAAAAUAUUUUGAAAACUUCCAUUCGUCUGGAAACAGCUGAAACUCUUGUGUGCUUGGGUAAUUUGGAUGAUGCAGCUUUCAUUGGAAGUAGUCUGAUUGAUGUUCCACAUGAAAGUCAUACUCUUAAAUUGACUAUUCUUGAACAAAUAACUUCCAUUCAAAUUAUUUCUGGUAUUUUGAUUUAUUUAUAGUUAAGAAUAUUGCAUAUUUGUUUACCUUAAUCAUGUUAAAAUUAAAUGACUUAACAUUCGAUGUACAGAACUAAUUAGGUAUUUUAAAUUUACAAACUUAUUUUGCAUAUAACCUCAGGGGGGCAUGUGGUGCUUUGAGUUUGGUGAGGUCCUGCUGGUAAAAAUCCCAGAUGGGUGAUUCCAGAAGGCAUAUGAUAUUUUUUCUGUUUUCUAUAAAGUGGAGGAAUUCACCUUGUACCAUUUUUACUGGGGCAGCAGAAUACUAUUAUACUAGUGUCAGAAUACUACCGUGGCACCUAUUUUCAUAUUUUGUAAGAAAUAUCAGAAUGACAACUGGUGUAAAAUUUAAUCAAACAGUAUGAGAAGUUCUAAACAAAAAUAUAGCAAAUUUUCCUAUUAAGGAUGUUUUGGCGGGGACAGUGUGAAAGGAUUAAAGGAGGUACCAUGGUUUGCAGAUGAUUAGUUAUGUGAUAAGUUAAUAAUAGACUUAAGGAAUGGAGAAUAGUACUUGAAGAAAAAGAAACUAAGGUUAAGUAGAAGUAAAAAGAGUAUAAGUUUGGAGGAACAGAACAAGAUGGCUAAAGGCAAUAAAAGGUAAUAGGCAUGGUUGAGAGUUUUAAGUAUCAUAGUACCCUAAUAUAUUUUGUACAAAAGAACAGUGACUUUCAUGAGAAUUUGAAACAGGAUUAAGUGUAGUUGGAUAAUGGAUACUGUUUAUUUCUAGUAAAGAGCUGAUUUUAAGGAAUAUGGGCAAGUUCAAAAUAUAAUUUUAACAUGCAUUCAUAAAAGCUUAAAAUAUCCAUUAUAAUAUCAAAACAUUUAUAUAAACUUAUAAUAUUUCAUUAAAAAUUAGUAAAAGAUGCUUUUAAUAUUAUAUAAUUUUUAAAAUAUGUUCAUUAUAAAGCGAUAUAAAAACAAUAUAAAUUAUUCAAAUUUUUUACGCCCUCUAGAGCUACAAAUAAUAAUUAAAAAAACUGAGCUAUAUUUAUAAUAUUUUAUAUUAAUUUAAUACUUUUGAUUUAUUAAAAAUAUUUUUAUAUUUUUUAGAAGAUUAUGAAGGUGCUUUGUUAACAUUUACUGAAAUUUCAAAUAUUAUUUCAAGUAUAGAUAAUGAAACUAUUGGUAUUUAUAAUGAUAUUUUAUUUAGGUAAAUUAAAUAUGUUUUUUAAUUUAUGCUCAAGUUUUGUAUUAAACUUAUACAAAUUAUAGAUGUGAAAUAUCAAGGGUGUUUUUGUUGCUUAUAUUGAAACCUACACGUCAAAAAAUGCCCAAUGAUCUAGCUUCUGUAUUGGAAAAAUACAUGUGGAUUAAUGGCAAUUUCGAUUCUCCCGGUAAGUAUUAUUAUUAUUUACAUUGAUUUUUAUAUAUUAUUAUUAAUUUAAAACUAUGAUUCAUAUAAUUGUAGUACCUUAUAUAUCAGAUAUAAUGUUCCGUCUCCUUCGUUCUUUGGUGAAAGCAUACCAACUUGGUGAAACCACCUGUUUAGAUACAAUUGAGUCUGAUUUUACGCCACAUUUAACAUCAGAACAAAGGCAUUUGUUAGCUGUAUUAAUAAAUACACUGAUAUAGUUUAACUUUGAUUGUAUUUAUGUACCUAUAUAAUUUAGAUUUUAUUGUUUUUUAAAAACUUUUUUUGAUGCAUAUUAUAAGGACCUAAGAAUUAAAGCAUUUACAAAACUAAUGUUUAAUUAUUAUUUGAUAUAUUAUAUAAAUAUAUAUACCUAUUUAUAUUUUAGUAUAAGUGUUUACUAAUUUUGUUAUAUUAUUCAAUGUCAUUGUGUUAUGAAAGUGAAAUUAAUAAAAUGUUAAAAGUUAGCCAUUAAAAUUAAUACAACCUAAUUUACUAUUACAUUUUAUUCUAUGUAGAAGAACUAUCUAUUAGUUUUACAAAUAUUAUGAUAUUUAACUAGUCUUUAAAAGAAUGUAUAUUUAUGUAUAUAUAUGCUAUACAUAUUACAUAUACCUACCUAUUAAUUUAUUAGUUAACAAUAGUAUUAUACAUUUUAUUAUUAUACACAUUUUACAAUAAUUGCAAACUAUAUUAUUUAUUAUUAUUUAAUAUCAAUUAUUUAUGUAUGUUAUUAUAUUAGCUAUGACUUUUUCAGAAAGAUACUAACAAUAGUUGAGUAUAAAAGGACACAUGUUGAGUUUAUUUUUUAAAUUUCAUUCAGUAAUUAUGAGAACAUAAUAUAAAUAAGUUUUUAGUUGGUUUUAUUUAUCUUGAUCAAUAAUUUUAGUGUUUGAAGUAAUUUUUCAGGAUAGGUAAUAAAGAUAAUAUAUUCAAUUAAUUGUAUACCUGAUGAUUAUUUUUUCUAUGUAGAACUCAUUCAUUU